CUCAUCCCCUAACUCUCAAGAUGAAGUCCCAACUCCUCCUCCCGGCAGCAGCACUGCUCACCCUCACCCACGCCGCAACGAUCCCAGAGUCCGCAAAACCAAUCAUAGUCCCAGACUCAACCCUCGAUGCCGCCAUCCGCGAACCCCUCCAAAACUUCGUCGACGGCCCCAUCCACGGCACAGACCCCUCCGCCUCCUUCCCCCCAGACCACCCCUCCGAGAACGGCGAGUACAAACUCGCCGUCGCGGGCGAGGUAGCCUGGGCCGCCAUUGAGCUCGAGGCCUCGGUUGCCCUCGCCGGCUCCGUCUCUGCUUCCGACGAGGGCGAGAACCUGCGUGAUGCUGCCACCGUGGCGGUGAACUCCAUCGCUAGGUCUGGUGUCGCUCCUCCUGACCCCCCGCAUCGGGAGCCGCAUGAUCACCCCGAGGGUAUCACCAAGCAUGAGCUUUGUGAAUACUACAAGGGUAUUGCGUGGAAGACUGGUGAUUUGCAGACGGCUGUGUAUCAGUGGCAGUAUGAAUACGUUCCUUGGCUUGUUCACAACAAGGGACCUUAUAUUGUUGUCCUAGACGGCCUCCGUCACAUCGAAUGGGUCCUCUGGAAAAUCGAACAAGCCCUCCACAACGCAAGGUUCACCCACGAAGAUGAAUUCGACAUCCUCGCAUGCUACCAAGACUACUCCGGCCGCGAACUCCAAAUCACCCACGUCCCUACCAAUGCCCCCCCCCUAGCCACGCAGACAACAGCCAACAUGACAAUCGGACUCCCAACACACACAAUGGUUCUCCCCCGAGGAGUCGCCGAAGUUACCACCACAGUCACGGUCCGACCCACCAGAACCACGGCACCGCACCCAGAGGAACAUAAGCCCCAAGAGGCCGGCACCUCGUGGCCUCACCUCCCGUGGCGACGCGACCACCCUUCUCUUAAGAAGCUUCUCCGCCUCAUCACGGCCAAGGCUCCUGUGUCAAAGUACCAGUCGUAUGCGAACCACCGCAUUUUCAACGUCUUGAGGCAGCUCGAGCACACCGCAUUGGCUUCCGCCAAUGCCCUGCGCCACAAGUUGAAGGACCCGCAUCACCAGUCCCUGCUCGACUACGACAUCUGGAAGGGCCAGGGUAUCAACCACGCCUUUGAGGUAGCCAUCAAGGCGUAUGAGAUCAAAGAGUGACGGCUCAGACGUUACUCGCCUGACCUUAUGAGCCUUGCCGCUUCCUCAACAAGCGAUAAAGUAUUUGAGGCCCGAGGGGCGAAGCACACUGGCUGGAGAAACAUGCCAGAGACUCAGUUGAACGUUCACGCUAUUGGGACGGAUUCAUAA